UUUUUGUCAUAAAUGGAAGGAAAAGAAGAUGGAGAGGAAAAGGAGAAUGAACAAGAUGGAAAUGAUCGAAGUCCUGCUCAACAAUAUGAACUGUAUGUCCUUAGUGAUGAGCUAAAUGAUAAGCUUAAAUUGUUAAACUAUGAAGAGGAUUAUACAAAUUUGGCUCCAACCUACAGGACUGUUUCUAGGUAA